GCCCGCGCCCUCAGUCUACCUCCCGACCCCGCCACGAGUGCACACACCACGCUCCCCGUGACAGUUCGGUUUUACGGAUUUUGUAUCUGUGUCUGAUGUUCGCUUUUAAUUAAAACACAAUAUUACGGGUGUGUGAUGUACUCCGAUGGUGACAUUUUCAGAUUUAAGUGAAGAAUAAGAGUAUCAAACACAUGAACCAGUUCAAGUGUGGGAAUGAUAGAAAAAAAAUAUUAAAAUCGAAUUUUCUUGUGGGUGUGGUGGAAGGCACUUCAACCAGUUACCGAGAGCCAGUACCAGCAGUCACUCAUUCUGUUACAAAGUGACAGUGAAUUUUUAACCAUAUCUAUACCUGAGCACUCAACAAGUGUUACUAGCAGCAUGUGCGUCGCAAAGUGUAAGUAACAAAAAAUACAAGCAGAAAGAAAAUUGUUUACCACAGUGAAUGUAAAAAGAAGAAAAGACAGUAAAUACAGCUUGUCUCUGGGACCCAGUAACAGCAAACAUUUAACCAGUCAUCGACAAGCAGUUCAAAAGAAACAGUGAAGCAGUGAGUCAAUAACUGAGAGAGUGUGUGUGUGUGUGAGGGAACAAGCACAACCAGGUGUGUGUGCGAGGGGCAGCAGGUGGCACCCUACCCGCGCUCUUGCAUCAGAUCUGUCAAGCAGUUCACGACUCCUUGUGUUGAUCAUGUUGACUUAAGGUUCGUGUUGAGGGUUAUCGCUCCGUGCACCGGGUGACUGGCUGAAAAGUGAGACAAACUUUAGCUUUAAACUAAAUAUACUCAAUCGGUGUUAAACCAUGGGUGACACGGACCAAAACGUUACCUCAUUGACCCACACACAGGAGGAUCAUGCCAAAGAAAAUGUGGAGAAAGACAAAGGCGUCCCAAAACUCACUGAAGAAGUCGAAAAAAAUGUCGUGGUAAAUAAAACUGAAGGACAAAAAGACGAGGAGAAGUUGGAAGGGAAAGAGAAAAACCAAGAGGACACCCAAAGCACCUGCUCCAACACAUCCUCCGAUACAUCCUCGUCUUCGACACCUUCUUCCACAUCGUCAGAUGGGGGCAGUUCCUCUUCUUCUUCCUCCUCCUCCUCCACCUCUUCUUCUUCGACAGAGGACGCCCCAAGGGUCAUCCACAUCGAGGACUCGGACAAGAAGUACAGCGUGGUGGAGCCUACUAAACCCAAGACCUGGCUAGCCGCUUACAACUCCCUUGCACCCAGGACCCGCCAGACCGUCCGCACAGCAGCUAUUGCCAUUAUAUCCGCCCUGGCACUCGUGGCUAUCUUCCACCUGGCCAAGCUUGCUGAACAUCCAGUUAGUGAGAACGUAAUUGAAGCGCCGUCCCUGGAGGUGAAACAAGAAGCUGCGGCCUGGAGUGGUGACGGAGUCCGGAAGACCUCUGGUGGCAAGGCUAUCAUCCCUUCAGCAGGUGCUGGAGAGGACUGGAGAGGAGGGCAAGAAUUUAACGAUGCCGUGGCGGACGCUGGAGGCGUCAACCCAGUGUCUCCAGUGCAGGACAUUUUGGCUCAUGCUAGACCCGGUGGUAGGAGAGUCGCCAUCCGUCCAAUCCUCAAUAUUCCAGUUGAUCGAAAUAUCAUGAUGCAUGACGUACAGCGUAUCGAAAAGCUGAACAAGAGGUACUCCCGACCUGCCAACUCAACGGAGGUGGAGAAGACGUUGGAUCUUGUAAGGAAGAAAGUAGAAGCUGAUCGCAAAAUGCUCACCAGCAAGUCCCUGAGGCUGUGGUCUCAAGGAGAGACGCCGCUCAGAGUGUUACUCGUCACAACAUGGCGGUCUGGCUCCACUUUCCUGGGCCAAGUGUUGGCCAACCAUCCCGGUGUUUUCCACCACUACGAACCUUUCAGUCCCCGCGGGGUGCGACAGGUCCGUUCUGGUCGCGAUGCGUUCCAGGCUCAACAGUUACUGCACCGUCUACUAGACUGUCAGUUUACCGGUCAAGACGAAUAUCUGAACUACACCCGCUCUCACCCCGAAGAUAUGAUUGGUCACAACAAGGUGGUAUGGGAAGCCUGCCACCAGGGACCCAAUAUCAACGCUUGCUAUAACGCUGCAUUCCUCUCUAGGUCGUGCCAGAUGUUCCCAAUCCAGUUGGUAAAGACGGUACGUCUACGACUUAACCUGACUCAGUUGUUCCUGAAUGACGAAAAGAUGAACACGAAAGUCGUGUUCCUAGUACGUGAUCCUCGAGCCACCAUGAGUUCCCGCUAUACCUCAGUGUCUUGGUGUUCUGACAAACCCGACUGUUCGUCUCCAGAAGUUCUAUGCUCGGACUUGCAGGCAGACCUGAAAGUUGCCACAGCUCUUCGCCAUCUCUAUCCUCAACGAUUCACCAUGAUCAAGUACGAGGACAUAGCCACAGACCCACAGCCGGAGAUCCAUCGCCUGAUGGACUUCCUUGGAUUGGAAUAUUCUACAGAUAUUGCUCGUUAUGUUGAGGAACACACGCAGGUGGACGUCAACAACCCGUGGAGCACCAAGCGAAAGUCGUCCGACCGCAUCAACAUGUGGAAGAAGCAGAUGCCUCUUGAGGAGGUCCACACCAUUCAGAAUGCUUGUGAGUCGGUACUCAAGACGCUUCAGUACGAAGUCGUUGGCCAGUGAGGGAAAAUGACGAGCCGCCAACAACGUCGGGUGAAUGCCUGAAGGUGCUGAAGCUAUCAAGCUUUGACAAUUUUGUUUUUUCUAAGGGAAGAAACUUCACAUAAUGACAGUGAUCACGACCUCAGCCUUCUCAGGGCUAUUGAAAGAGAGAAAGACUUAAAGCCAUCAUAAGUGUGUGAGCCCUGCUAGACGUUCAUUAGAAACUGACGAUAUAUGACACUUGACUGUGGCUCCCGCACUGACCACAAAGUUUGUGUGCAAGAAAACCACGCAGUAACGCUUCCUCAUUGUCCACCCUAUUUUUCACUCCCUGUCAUCAGUGACGAACAAUCAAGAAUUUAUUUCACAAGAUUGUACAAACUUAAACUGACCUGACUCUUCAGGAGACACAGAGUAAUGAUAAACCUUAGACCAGAAUGUCAACUCAGUUCUUCUUUCUGUCAUUUCCAGAGGAACAUAUCCGACACCUGAGUAACAACAGUUACUUCACAAGACACCUGAGAGUCGUGUCAACCUGCAUGAGAGAUUUAUCAACUAAUUCUUCAGGUUCAUUAACAUCUUUCCAGUCCUGUUGGGAUAAUUAUAUCUAAACAUUGUCUUCCACGUAUGAAGACAACAACAAGACGUCAAAAUAAAUAACUUCAAUAGAUGCUGGGUGUAGAUCAGCGCCUCACCUCCCACAAUAGCUCUCUCAGCACACAAGUAUAGAUCUCUUAAAUUUUAACACCUGAAUGAGAUUGUAGGAACACCCUUUUGAAAUUUGCUCUUUUGCUCUCUCUCCUUUUUAGGCACACUUAAUACACUCCUAACUGAUCAUCCUAAGAUAAGGAUUUCACUGUAGUAUUAACAAACACCAAAUCUAUAGUCUGUGUAAUAUUAAACGUGUAUCUUUCUGAGGCCGUUGCUUUGGGUACAGAACAAGGAGGAAUGAUAGGCACGAACAAUUUUCACUUAUGAAAACUAGUAAUAAUCUUUUGUUGAUCUGUUGUUGCGAAUGACACAUCUCUUGUAUUUGUUCAUUCCUGUGAGACCUAAUCUAAUGUGCCUUGUUCUCAAAUGAUCUACGAAGAUGUUUGUAUGUAUGUAUGUAUGUACUGUAUAUAUAUAUUUCAACCUUAUAGGAUUAAGUUUUUAUAACAUGAUUUAACAAAAUACCUAAACAAAGAAAGGUGUUUGUUAUGUAGGGCAAGUAUGAUCAUGUGACAGAAAUACUGACACAUCAGUAAAUGUAAAUUAUAAAUGGUAAGUGUACAGACAUAAAAGCUUUUCUUCUUUUUCCUUUUUCUUUUAAUUUUUCUUCCUUCUUAUAUACUUUAUAUAUAUACUUAUACUUCAUACCACUUAUAGUUUCUUGUACCAGUACACCGAUUAUUGUUUUUCUACUCUGAUACAUUUAUUUAUAUUCCAGCCACUUGUAUCGCUAAACCCAUUAUUUUUUUUAUUCUCUUUUAUGUUUCUCUACGAAUUAUUAUAGUUAACUUGCAAAGAUUUUGGCUUCACCUCUAUCAACAGAUCAUAGAAACGUCAAAUAUAUAUUCUAAGGUCAUGAUUGGAUUCAAAACCUAUGUACACGCAGGAUUCAGUUGAUUUUGUCACGAUACCUUGCUCUUUAUAUACUUAAGUGUACUUGACCACCCUGGCCUUCUAUGUACGCACCCAAUUUUUUUUAACCUGAAAAUCUUGAAAGAGAAAGAGACUAGAACAGAAAUCAGGGAUAAGAGAGAAUAAUGAAUCCUAUGGAUGCUAAGUAUCUGUUGACUAACUACUGUAUAACCUGCUGCCGGAUACAGGUGAGAGGGAUGAUGUAGCCAGGCAGUAGACAUCCUAGUUAGAGCUUCAAUACACUGGGUUUAAUGGAUGGGAUCCUUUAUCAGGUAAUUUUCUAAAGAGCUUCCCAAGUCUAUUUUUCUUGUCCCUAUUGUGAUACUAUGACACAUUUCCACGUAUCUCUAUAAUUUUUAAGUUGAUAUUUUUAUGUGUUUUCCUGAGUAACAUUAGUCUCACUUUAUCCUGUAAGAUAUUUUCCUUUUCACUUAAAUAAGUUUGUGUACUGUACGUAUGACUGACCCUGUAAACUGAUUUAGUUAUAUAAUUAAUCUUAGGUUAUAUUAUUUCUGGAUGAAUAAAUGAUGUGUGGUACUAGUGUGCUGAAAGAUCGUAGAAAAUUACUUAGUUUUAUACACUAAUAUGAGUGAAAUAUACCUUUAGAGUGAUUUGAGUACAUGGAAUGUGUGGUUUCAGGGUGAUUAUAUAGUUAACUGUAAGUGAAUCAAUAUUUUUUUGUACCUACCAACUGAGUGUGCCGUGUUGACUGUAAUAUACGAGAAAAAUAGUAA